AUGGCCUCCUCCGACGCCGGGGGCGCGGCGCCCCGCCUGGCGUGGCGCGUCGUGCGGGCGGCGAAGCUCCUGGUCCUGGCCGUGGGCGUCUACGGCUGCUUCCUGCAACUCCCGUGCGCCGCCGCGUCGGCGUCCGCCGUCCUCCGCGUCGCCGCCUCCCUCUCGGCCCAGCAGUACCUCUUCCUGGUCGGCAACGCCAUCGUGAUCGUCCUCUUCGCGCACUUCCGCCGCGACGACGAGGCCCCCUCGUUCUCGCCCGGGGCCUUCUUCAGCCGGUGGUGGCCCUCCGAGGCCGACGCGCAGGACCGGUACCUCCCGUUCCCGGGCGCGCAGCUGGUGCCGCCGCCGUCGCCGACCACCGAGGCGGGGGAGGAGGAGGUGUUCGUGGACAAGAAGGCGGUGCACGUGACGACGGUGCGCGCCAAGCCCCCGCGGCGGAGCAGGUCGGAGAAGGCCAGCGGCGGCGAGUCGGGCAGGGUGCGGGCCGCGGCUCCGGAGCUGCGGCGGCGGGAGUCGGAGAACGGGCGGCAGCAGCAGCAGGCGGAGGCUGAGGCUGAGGCGGCGCAGGUGGAGUGGGCGAUGCACGACCCAGAGGCGUUCCAGCUUUGGAUCGAUGCGUUCAUCCUGAAGCAGCAGCAGGACUUCCUGCGCGAGGAGUCCGCCGCCUCCGCCGCCACCGCCGCCGGGAAGAAAGGCGCGCCGGUGGCCGCCGGACCCGUGGUGGCGGUGAAGUGA